AUGCCAGGUGUUUCCGUUAGAGACGUUCCAGCUCAAGAUUUCAUCAACGCUUACGCUUCUUUCUUGCAAAGACAAGGUAAGUUGGAAGUACCAGGUUACGUUGACAUUGUCAAGACAUCUGCUGGCAAUGAAAUGCCACCACAGGAUUCUGAAGGCUGGUUCUACAAGAGAGCCGCCUCCGUUGCUAGACACAUAUACUUGAGAAAACAAGUUGGUGUUGGUAAGUUGAACAAGUUGUAUGGUGGUGCCAAGAACAGAGGUGUCAGACCAUUCAAGCACGUUGAUGCUUCUGGAUCGAUCAACAGAAGGGUUUUGCAAGCUUUGGAAAAAAUUGGUGUUGUCGAGAUCUCUCCAAAGGGUGGUAGAAGAAUCUCUGAAAACGGUCAGAGAGAUUUGGACCGUAUUGCUGCUCAAACUUUGGAAGAAGACGAAGAAUAA